AUGGCAACUCCCGUCUAUUCUCUUCCUCUCUCUGCUCUCCGUCACUCCUUCCUACUGCGUUCCCUAACUCCCCUCCGUUGCUCUCUCUCUUCUACUCUGUCUCCUCUCUCUCUUCUCUCUUCGCUUUCUCCGUCGUCUCUCUCUCCAUCUUCUCGCUCUCCAUCUUCUCGCUCUCUUUUUUCUCGCUCCUCUUCUUCUCUUUCUUCUCUCGCUUCUCUCUCUUCUCUCUCUUCUCCUCUCUCUUGCGUUUCUUCGGCAGGUCGGACGUUCUCCUCUCUGUCGCUUCAAGACGGCAUCUGCGGGAGUGACGAGAAGUCGGUCAUUCGCGCGUCUGAGCGUUUGAAGCGUCUAAUGUACAGAGCUAAACAGAGAGGCUGGGUCGAACUUGAUCUCUUGCUCGGAGCGUACUGCGACGAGAAUGUCCCCUCCAUGUCGACAGAGGAAGUGGAGGAGCUGGAGAAGAUUUUGGCGGCAGAGAACGUCGUUCUGUUCGACUGCCUGGUCGGGAAGGACUGGAAGCGCGCGCCGGCGCCUCCCGAGUUCGGCCAUCUUUCGCAGUGGAGGAAACUCAGUGCAUUCGUAGAGGCUCGGCUCCCGCCUCCACACUCAGCAGGUCCUCAAACUGAAACAAGGGGAGACCUUUCGGCAGACUAG